GCCAAGCAUUAUAAAGAGCUGGAUUGUUCGUGUAUAAGGCAAGGAGGCUCUCACAUAUUCCGUUUUUCGAAAUGACUUCCAGCGUUGUUGUGUUAUCUCUGAUCGGAGCAGUUGUUCUCCUGGCAGUUGGCCAGACAGAUGCGAUCGAGUGCUACGUGUGCGGGCUUAGCGUUGCCUGCAAUGACAACCCAGAUCUCGCUCACACAGAUGUCACGACAUUGAUAGGUUGUCUAUCGUGCUCCAAGAUCAAGAUCAACGACUUUGUUACCCGAGGGUGUUCAGAUUUCGCCCACGCGGAAAGUUGCUCAGAAAUCGAUCUAUUAUCGACACACACCUGUUACUGCAACACAAACUUCUGCAAUAGCUCCAGUCACGUGACUGUUUCCAUGGCGAUCGCUCUUGUCGUCGCCUUCGCCGCUAUGCUGUUUACAUUUUAAGGAUAUAUGGAUUUUGAGAAAAAAUGUCUUUCAAGCUGAUUAUGUAUACGCCAAUACAUAUAUAUUCGUAAAAAAUGUAUAUACAUGUUUGCAAAUCACAUCAUGAAUUCGUGUAUUAAAAUAUCGGAAGGAACACGCAGAUGUUGCUUAAAGAUGCACUCUUACUCCCAAAGGAGAUUUCCCAUAAUUAAUAAUAUUGUUUUAAUAUUCCAAAAAUAAUGAAUAAUGUCAAACAAGUGGUUCUUAUGAAGGGUACCGAGUUUAAUUUGAAAGAAAUGAGCAUAAAAAACGCUAUUUCUACCUCAUGAGACUAUAGUAGACUACAGUAAAUAUUUUAGCAUUCACCAAUCAUUUAAUAUUUUUGCACUAUCUGCUAUUAAAAUCACGGUUACAAUAUUGUUAUCUGUAAUUAAUAUUUUGCAUAAAUGCAUAAUUUAGUAAGUAGUUUAAGGUUUAUCAGUCAACAUUUGUUUUUUAGACAUGUGUAU